UGCACGAGUCCAUUCCCCGUUCAUUGCCGGGAGACGAACAAGGUGAGCCGCGACAGCAGCCAGUGUGCUUCCUCCUCCCCUGGAUCUGCUCAUGCCGUUCCCUGGAGCGAAUACCUCGGCGGCGUUGGCCUCUGGAUCUAUCUUGGCUGCUAGGGGUGCAGGUGCGCACGACGCGCCGUGCGUUAUGGGCGGCGGCGACGACGUUGUGCCCUAUUCGGCUAUUGGCUCGUCGGAUCCGGCCGUCGGCCCGGUCUCACCGGACGUGCCUGAGUUAGAUCAAGGGGUGGGCUUGGCUGAUGGCGAAUUUUCCGGGGCAUCCUGCAAGAACUUCAGCUCUGGAGGCGGGGAUGUGGCGUCGGGAUUGGCGACUCCAGCCGGCGUCUCGCACAACUCCGUCCAGUCCAGCGGCUGCAGUGGCCCGGCGGAUUCGUGCACGACAUUCAGUUCAGGGGGCGUGGUCCAGCCGUCGGGAUUGGCGACUCCAGCCGUCGUCUCGCACAACUCCGUCCAGUCCAGCGGCAGCAGCGGCGCGGCGGAUUCGUGCACGACAUUCAGUUCUGGAGGCAUGGUCCAGACGUCGGCACGGGUCGGCGACGGGACGCCGGACGUCGUCUCGAGCUGCGACGUGCAGUCCGCACGUCCCAGCGGCCCAGCUUCGGCGAACACCACCAUCCGCGUAGGCUGGAAGUGCAGGCCAAGAGGUCCUAGUGCUGCAGACGAGAGGGCUGUAGUAGCUGAUCGUGUGCCGCCAUUGGAAGCUGCUAUUCGAGGGUUCGCUGAUAGGGGGACGGUGGCGGUCGUGAACCCGGUGCUUGGCACUAUUUUUGAUUCGCUGGCAGAGGCGUAUGAAUUCUACAAUCUAUAUUCAUGGGAGGUCGGCUUUGGGAUUCGUUACGGCAAGAGCAGGCAAAAUGUCAAUGGGACGAAGUGUAUGCAAGAGAUUGUGUGCGGCUGCGCCGGCAAACCAGAAAGGGAGAACAGCUCGUCGAUGAGGAGCAAUUGCGCCGCCAUGCUUCGGUUGCACCGGACAGAUGAUGGUGGGUGGUAUGUAUCUGAAAAUCGCGCCUCCCACAACCAUGAAUUGCUACGGACAUGUGCUGAGAAGCUGCAUUGGCUAUCACACCGGCACAUUGACACAUACACAAGAGAUCUCGUGAAACAGUUGCGCCAGAAACAAUGUAAAUCUGGGGAAGGUAUACACCAUCAUUGGGAGCCUGUUUGGGCGGAUGGAGAACGUCCCAUUCACAAAGAGGUGCCUUAGGACUUUCUGUGGGAAGCUUAGCAAGGAGCAGGCGGAUGAUGAUGUGCGGAAGACCAUGGAUGCAUUCUCUGAGCUCGGGUCAAAUGAUCCGGAGUUUUCAUAUGUUGUUGAGGUUGAUAAGGAAAGCAAGAUAAAAACCCUGUUGUGGACCAAUGGUAGAAGUAAGAUGCAGUACCACAAUUUCGGGGAUGUCAUAACGUUCGAUACUACAUACAAGACAAAUCUAUACGACAUGCCUUUUGGGCUAUUCGUGGGGGUGAACAAUCACUUCCAGAGUAUCAUCAUGGGCGGGGUAAUGAUGAGAGAGGAAACGAUCGAGAGUUUCAAAUGGGUAUUCACAGAAUUCAUCAGGCUGAUGGGUGGCAAACCUCCGAAAACGGUACUAACAGAUCAAGCACGCGCGAUGGAGGUGGCUAUACAACAAACGAUGCCGGAUACUACACAUCGCUGGUGCAAGUGGCAUGUGCUAAGGAAGGUGAAGGACCACCUUGGGCCGCAUUACACGAAAAGCAGUGAUUUCAGGGCUGCGCUGCACAAGGUUGUCAAUGAGAUGCUCACUGUGGACGAGUUUGAAGCAGCUUGGGCUGAGCUGCUAGACAAAUACAAGCUCCACAACAACACGUUCCUGAUCCAGAUUUUCGAGGUUCGCCACAAGCGGGCGAAGCCUUAUUUUAGUGUGCGAAGCAAACCAGUACGCAAAGAAGCGAAAGUGCAAACCAUUUGUUGGAAGGCUACAUCCCGCCUGCAUGCCGCAUGAACCUUUUUGUGAAGCAAUACAACAAACUGCAGUUUGACUGAGAAGCCGAAGAAGGUUUCCAAGAGAAAAGAAUGAGGCUGGGCGGGAUAGUUCUCCGAUACAACUACCCUUUGGAGGAGCAUGCAAGCCAGGUAUAUACACGGACGAUGUACGAAAUGUUCGGCCAAGCUUUGUAUCGGUCUGGUCGGUAUGAUGUUGAAGAAUUUGAGCGAGGCAUCAACUACAAAGUUCGGCACGUCGAAGCUGAGAAGCGAGAGAAGUGGUGCCGCGAAAUGCAUGUUGUCCGUGUCCAUGAUGGCGGAGCUAGGUUUUCGUGCGAAUGUGGGCUCUUCGAGCACAUGGGGAUGCUUUGUUGCCAUGCAAUCAAGCAGGUCCUAAUUCACCUUGGGGUGCGGAAAAUACCCAGUUUCCAUGUCCUCAAGAGGUGGACAGUAGAUGUCCGCGAAAAUUUGCCACUACACUUCCUGCAUUACCAAAAGGAUCAAGGGCCUCCGCGGUUAUCCUCCUACAGGCAUACAGCACUACACCUGACCGCUCUCGAGUUUGUGCAGCUGGGGGAUAGCAACGUGGAUGCAUUCGACAGAGCAAUGGACAUACUGAUCGCAGGCAACGCGGAAUUAACUGUUUUGGCAGCGAUCAAGGACGGCAAAAGUUUGGUGGACCAAACUCAAAUUGGGGAUUCAGCCAAUCCAACUCAGGAUAUGGGAGCAGGUUACUCGCACCCAGACGACAUGUGUUCUCAGAUGUUCACCUCAACCGAGUGUGGACUUAAUUCUGUUUCAGGGGAAGCUGGCUCAAGCCUCUCACUGUCAACGUUGCUGCCGCCCGAUAGGAAGAAGCAGAAGGGUAGGCCAACCACUGCUAGGAACAAGCCUGGAUAUGAGGUCAAGGACGCGCGGUCGAGGUUUUGUACAGUCUGUAGGGAGAAAGGGCACAAAAGCACGACGUGCCCCCGCAGGGGUGAUCUUCCGAAGAAACCUCGGAAAAUACCUACCUGCGGCAAUUGCUGUGUAGCUGGGCACAAGAAAACAAGUUGUUUCAAUCCAGUAUUGCCAUUCGUGAAAAGGCCUCGCGACGGGCCAGUUGAGUGAUGUUUGGAUCAACAUCUGGUGCAGUUGGUUGAAACUUAAACCUGAUCGGCCAAACUGAUGGUGUGAUCUGUUGCAGUUACCCAUAAUUUGAGUAGUUUGAUUUCCCGCGGUUAGGCAUAAAUUGUGACUGUGAUUUGUUUUUGCAAUGAGUGUUGUGUGGCGCUGUAAGGAAUGUAAUUGGAUUUUCAUGCUGAUAGACCUAGUUUGGCCGUGUGAUAUUGAUUUUCCAAUAAGUUAUGUCCUAACUAUUGUGGGGCUGUCAAAAGUGAUGUAAUCCUGUUAAGUUUAUUUUUCCGGCUUCGACCAGCCGCCUUGUGAUUUUGAAAACGAGUUCAUCUGGUUGCUCGGUGUUGUACCAUGCACUUUAAUAUUUGUGGAAUCUUUUUCUGUCAAUGCAAAUCAUGAUACGUGCCUACUUUCCGGAGCAAGUGGCGAUGGUAGCAGGUCGUCUGUAGUACGGGUGCUAUCAGGAAUUGAUGAGUCGAUGAGGUGCAGCUCCGUGUACUGUGAGAUUGGAUUGGAGUGGCCCUCCAUUUUUUGAACAUUUGAAUUUGCUGUGGGGACUACGGGGGGUUGGUGUAAGUCGCCCAUGUUCUAUUUAAACACUUGCUUGCUGAUGCUUGUAAGCAGCACGCUCAGACGCAGCACGCUGGGCUUCCUCUCCCUCUAGUUUGCUCAUCGUCCCCAGUCCAGCACUGCAUGGCGCCCCUGCAGCUUUCUCCUCUCUCCUUGGUUUCGGCUGCCUGCUGCGCUCGCACGUCCGGUUCCAAAGGAGGGCGACGGCUGUGAGAACCCGUUGUUUGGUCAAGCGCCAACGUAGGAACGCGUCAGCGGCGGCCAGCGUGUCGCUCUCCAAGGUCGCGGUGACUGGGUUUGUGUGCGAGCAGGUUGGGGAACACGACCCGCGGGUCAACACUGGCGGCUCGGUGCGUGCGCCGUGCUCUCAUGACGGGGACGCUGCCUCCAGCACGUACGAUGGAUCCGCUGCCGUUGAACAAGAUUCGGCCGAGGCGAGCAGCUCUUGCUUGAAGGCUCACAUUUAGUAAUGGAGUGCGCGAGCCGAGGAAAGCUCAAUAAACAUAUGCCAACAAUAUGAUUGUUUGCGUACGUGGGUGUGGUGUGUUAUGUCGUUCGUGGGUUUGUUUGGCGCUCAAUGUAUUUGUCUUCUCGUAUGGAAUAAAAAAAAUUGUGUCAACGUUAUGCU